AUGGGCUACCCAUGCAGCUUUGAGCCGUUCGUUUCGUACGAACCAUGGAAUGCAGAAGAAUACACUGAGCAAAAAGUACUGGCCAAGGCGAUUCAUGGCACUGUCCUACUGGCCGAACACCUACCUUCAAAGCAGCUCCGGGCUGUCAAGAAAAUUCCUAACAAAAACGUUUACAAACGAGGAUAUGGACAGCUUGAAAAUGCACUGGUAGAAAUUGGGGCCUCCCUCUACCUUUCCAGGCACUCAAUAGCCCCCGUGGACGGGAUCAUCAAGACAUACGGCGCCUAUCGCGACGAGACAGACACGUAUCUUGUUGCAGAAUAUGCUUCAGGAGGAGAGCUCUUCAACGAAGUGGCUCGGGUUGGGCACGUGCAGGAGGAGCACGCGCGGCGCAUUGGCCUGCAGUUGCUCCUUGGAGUCAAAUCGCUUCAUGAUAAUGGAGUGUGUCACAGAGACUUGUCUCUGGAGAACACUUUGCUCCAUUCGGAUGGAUCUAUACGGAUCAUUGACUUCGGUCAAGCAGAACCUUUGUUCGACGAGACAGGCAAAGAAAAAAGCUUAAUCAACGCUGCGGGUAAAAUGUAUUACCGCGCCCCUGAGAUGUACUCAGGCAGCUACCGUGGUUCAGCCGUAGACAUAUUCGCUGUGGGAGUCAUGAUGUUCAUUCUUGUAUUUGGAACUCCUCCGUGGCUUCAAGCUACUGCCUUGGACGACAGAUACGUCUUCAUUCAGACUUUUCAAAACGGGUUCGAGCGCCUGCUUGUUCGGUGGAAGAGGCAGCACUACGCAUCCAAGGAAUUGCGGGAACUGAUUCGGUCGAUGAUUCUCGCAGAUCCCCUCCAGCGGCCGACGGCAGACGUAGCCUUAGCUCAUUCAUGUUUUGUCAAUGCAGAUCCUUGUCGGGAUACUGCAUUGCAGCUAUCAUUUUUGAGAAAUCGCAUGCAACAGCACCGUUCGGGUCAGAUGGCUCUACACAAAAGAUUCGGCCAGAUUUCCGCAAGAAAUAAAGCCGAUCCGAGUACUCUGAUUAGAGGUGGUCUUAUCGAGCCGAAAGAGCAGCAAUCAAGUCGGGAUGCGAAUGUCGUAGGCUCGACAGACACGUCGGGGUGUGAAUCCCAAUCGGAGCCUGUUGUAGUCACAUUUUCCACUAACUGUCCAGAGAAUGGCACGAAGAACUCUAGCUGUUCCCCUGCCGUUCCAAAGAAAGCUGCAGUCCCUCAAAAUUCCUUUCUUGUUGUUCCUCAACGGACUCAGCCGAAUGCAGCCUCGACACCAGCGGCGGAUCUUGCUGUCGCGACUGCCGAGACAUCCGACCAACGUAGUGUUUCUGCCACGCCCGCGUCGCAGAAGCUACGUGCUCUCUCUCAACUUGCGAGUAGACUAGCCGGACUCAGAUUUCGCAAACCUAGUCAGCCCCAUGCAACUGGAAGUAGAGGGCCGUUGAAACGUCAUUUAAGUGACAUCGGGAGAGGCGAUGAACCCAAAAACGCUUAA